AUGGAGGACAGAGGGACCCCAAGGGUCCGGGAGCUCGACCUUCGCGAAUGCAAGGUCAGUUCAACUGUUGACGGCAUCAAUGUCGUCCGAGGGCUCAAAUGCAGUGCCGCCUUCUUCACCUUUCUACGAGCCAACCUCGCCCUCAGCUCCUCCAUGACGGCCUCGCCUUCGAGCACGCCUCAACUCGACCCUAUCUACGCCUCCGUCGACCCGUCCUCCCAAAUCACCGAGUUUACAUCCUCCACGCCGACCUCCUCCUUCUCAAAAUCAACCUCGAGCUCCCCCGGCGCUGACCUCGUGCCCCUCGACGACAUCCCCGAGCUGUCCCUCGACGUCCUCCGCACCGAGCCCGAGCAGCGCGAGGGCCUCGACCUCCUCGCCGACACCGUCGCGGGAAUGCGCACCCCAGCCACCGUCACCGUCGUCUCCCACCCGACCUGCCUCGUGCCCCUCACCACGCUGCUCUCCGUCAUUUACUACGCCCGCCGUGCCGUCCCGGGCCACUUCCGCGUCACCGCCUGCUGCACCUACGGCGCCGUUUUGCUCUACGUCCUGCUCGUCUGGUGCCUCGCCGCUCCGUACAAGGCGUUUGCGCGCGACAUCCGCGACGACCCCGCCGCCUGGCUCGACGAGGAGGGGCCCGGCCGCGACAUCAUGGUCGGCGCGCGCGGCAGGGACAAUGAGCUCCUCGGCGUUGUCGUCUUGCGCCUCAGCCCCAAGCUCGUGCCCACCGGCGGCGGCCCCGGUGGUGGUGGCGGUCACGGCCACCGUCGCCGCGGCGCGGCGCGCAGCCUCUCGUUCAAGGGCGGUCGCGGGCUCAUCCGUGCCUGGGCUGUCCGCCGCAAGUCGCGCGGCCGCGGCGUCGGCAGGGAGCUGCUCAACGAGGUUGUUCGCAUCACCAGGGAGCGCUGUGGCAGGGACGCCGAGGUCGGCUUCAUCAGGGACCACGCGCACAGCCGGCUCGUCUUCCACCGCAUGUUCCACGGCUUCUUCCACAAAGUCGAGAUAGGCGCCGACAGGGCGCUGCGUGCCGCCGUAAGCGAGUGGUCGCCGAUGAAGAGGAGGAAGAAUAAAUAA